GCAUAAAGUGCACGGAAGGCAGCAGUGGAGCGAGCACACAGGUGCAGGCCGGGAAUGGGUCAGGACCUGGAGGACUUUGCACUCUUGUAAGCCCGCACGCCGGAAUAUGCUCUCCCUGAGCUUUUGGUCAUUGCAUUCGAAGUUGAAUGCAAAUAGCGUCAUGUGGAUCAGAACAACGUGUCUGCUCCACGUCGUGGUGUCGCUCUCCGAACUGGUUCGCUGCAUGGAAACCGAACUUUGCUUCCCGGUUGUAUUGGACACCCGACAGCAGUAUAAUGACAACGACGUGGAGACUCUCCGCAGUAAAUGUGUGCUAAGAAUCCGCGCUUUCCACCAGGAAUUGGAGGUGGAUUUACGGCAAGAUUCCAAUUUCAUUGGCUCUUACGUCCCCGGCCGGGACGCACCGUGGCUCACCGCUGCGGACGUCACCAUUGACCUGAGUGGUUGCUUUUACUCCGGCUCCGUGAACGGUGACCGCUACUCGUACGCAGCCUUGAGCCUGUGCAAGGGCGUGCAAGGUGCACUUGGCUACCAAGGCUGGGAGUAUUUCAUCAACCCGGUGCGCAAUGACACCUCAAGCGCGGGCAGCGCGCACGUCAUCCGGCGCCGACACAACAGCGACCUCCAGCCAAAUUCCACUUCCAGGUGUGCAGUCAACAAUGACAUCGGUUUCCACCACGCACACGUAUUGGGGAAAUACAAGAGCGCAAAGGACAACGGCAAUGUGACCACAAGCGCGCUGAGGAGGAUGGGGAGAAGCAAACGUUUUGCGUCAGUUCCCAGGUACGUGGAGACGCUGCUGGUGGCCGACCAGACGAUGGCCGAGUUCCACGGCGACGACCUUAAACAUUACCUCUUGACACUCAUGUCAGUGGCGGCCAGGCUCUACAAGCACCCGAGUAUCCUCAACUCCAUCAACAUCGUUGUUGUGAAGAUUGUCGUCCUAUCCGAGGUGGACAAAGGACCCAAAGUGUCCGGGAACGCAGCCAUGACGCUCCGGAAUUUUUGCACUUGGCAAAAAAAGAUGAACAAGAACAACGACAAGCAUGCAGAAUAUUGGGACACAGCGAUCCUCUUCACAAGACAGGACCUGUGUGGGGCUUCCACAUGCGACACCCUCGGAAUGGCCGAUGUCGGCACCAUGUGCGACCCCAAGAGGAGCUGCUCUGUGAUUGAAGACGACGGAUUACCUUCGGCCUUCACCACAGCUCACGAGCUUGGACACGUCUUUAACAUGCCGCACGACAACGUGAAGGCCUGCGAAGAUGUUUUUGGCAAGCUGCAGGACAAUCACAUGAUGUCUCCCACGCUCAUUCAGAUUAAUCGCACCAGCCCGUGGUCGCCCUGCAGCGCUGCCAUCGUCACUGACUUUCUGGACAAUGGACACGGGGAAUGUUUGCUGGACCAGCCCCAGAAACCGUUGAGCCUCCCUAACGCGCUUCCCGGAGUAUCCUACAUCCUGGAACGUCAGUGUGAGCUGGCCUUCGGUGAAGGUUCCAAACCCUGCCCCUUCAUGCAGCCACCAUGCAUUCGCCUAUGGUGCACGGGCAAGUCCAACGGCCAGUUGGUGUGUAUGACCCGCCACUUCCCCUGGGCCGACGGCACCCACUGCGGAGAUGGCAAAGUUUGCGACAGAGGCGUUUGCUCACCCAAAGAGGACCGAACUUUUAAAGUCGACGGUCGCUGGGGUAAGUGGGGUUCAUUUGGUCUGUGCUCCCGGACUUGUGGAGGUGGCGUCCAACUGGCCAAAAGGGAGUGCAACAACCCGGUUCCCUCAAACGGGGGGAAAUACUGCCAAGGGGUUCGGGUUAAAUACCGCUCCUGUAGCCUGAACCACUGCCCUGACACAGGUAAGACUUACCGUGAUGAGCAGUGUGAAUCCAGCGGCCGCAGUUUCAGCAGUAACCAUAUCGCCCCGUCUGUGGUGUGGGUGCCCAAGUACUCUGGAGUAAGUGUUGAGGACAGAUGUAAACUCAUCUGCAGGGCCAAUGGAACCGGUUACUUCUAUGUUAUGGCACCCAAGGUUGUGGAUGGAACCCCGUGCUCUCCAGACUCCACAGGAGUGUGCGUUCAAGGAAAAUGCAUCAAAGCUGGGUGUGACGGAAAAAUUGGAUCAACCAAGAAGUUUAACAAAUGUGGAGUCUGCGGGGGUGAUAACAAAAGCUGCAAGAAGGUCUCGGGACUCUUCACCAAGCCUAUGCACGGCUACAACUUUGUGGUGAUGUUGCCAGUGGGCGCAACCAACAUAGACAUCCGUCAGCGUGGCUACCAAGGAAUGCUGGGUGACGACAAUUACUUGGCAGUAAAGAACAGCGAGGGUCACUACCUCCUUAAUGGCGACUACGUGGUGUCAGCCGGAGAGAGGGACAUCAUCGUUAAGGGCAGUCUGCUGCGCUACAGCGGCACCACCGGACUCUCCGAGACCCUCCAGUCUGUAAAUCCCUUGGGGGAGACGCUCACUGUGGAAGUGCUGUGUGCGGGCAAUUUGACGCCCCCUCGCAUACGCUACUCCUUCUACCUGGCGCGUCAGAACAACAAAGAGGACAAGGCUCUGAAGAAGGAGGACCGCGAAAAAUCCCACAACAGUGUUCUGGCUCACGAUAGCGCCAAGGAGAGGGGUGCGGCAACCUUGAAGAAACCUUACAGCAAAGAGCAGCCCCUUCUUGAGAAAUGGACAUCCGCAAGCUGGGACACGUGCUCGGUGAGCUGCGGGAACGGUUUCCAGAGGCGAAUGGUGCAAUGUUUGAGGACGGACGGCAAGCCGGGCUUGAAAUGCGAUCCUACCAAAAGGCCCUCGGCCACCAGAGCCUGUGGGGACCCGUGUCCGGAGUGGAACGCCGGACAGUGGUCACCGUGUUCCACCACCUGCGGGAAAGGCUUUAAGAGACGACCGCUGCACUGCAAAGCCCAAACAGGACACUUGCUUCCCAGGGACCACUGCAGUGGCUUACGCAAACCACAGGAGCUGGACUUCUGUAAACUAAAGCCUUGCUAGGGACUUGAAAUCCUUUAUUAUGACUGAACUUUAUCCAACAGCACAUUUCCACAAUCACAAGACCGAAAAAUGGAUGGUGCAAGAUAUUUUCCCCACCAUUUAAACUAAACCACCUGCAUCCACUUCUGACGGACGAACAACGCUCUACGAUAUUACUCUGAAGCGAAAUAAAAGGUUCCAUCAUUUUAACUGUCAACUUAGAGUUGACACGUAAGUUUGUAAGCAAUUUAUCUUACUGAUGAGUCUGGAAGUCAUUUUUAUGUCCUAUUUCUUUUUUAAGUGAUUGUCUUUAUGGUGUUGUUAAGAGAUUUUUUUUUUUUUUUUGUAGCCUGCCAGGUGCUUUAAAAACAAUGCCAAAGGUCCCGUUUCAUUUUACAGAUUCAUCCUGAAAGAGAUUUUUAUAUAGACAGAUAUUAAAAACAAAAAAAUUACUUCAUUUUGUAAGUCACAUUGGUGAAAUGAAUACAUUUACCCUCUCCCACAUCAUGAAAAGAAAGCCACAAACUAUACUAAACACCUGCGCUGUAGAAUUUCCGAACAAUUUUCUGCCCAACUUGUUCAACAUCAAAAAUGUUGCUUUCUGUGCACUCCUUUAUUAUAUUCUUGUUAUUAAUUCAAAGGGCCCGCAUUGUCCAAUACAACAUCCCGCCACAGGAUGGAUCCUUUUAUAGUCAGACUUCUCUUUCUGUUUUUUAUUUGAUCCACUUUUGCACUUUGUACAGCAAAAGGACCAGAUGACUUAUACGGGCUGUACUGUAUACUAUGUAUACAUUUAUUCAGCUCUCUGCAAAAUUCAAUGUAAAUACUUUUAAUACAGUUUUUUUUUUUUUUACACACAAGUGAAAUGUCUGAAUAUAUUUAUUCCAAAUAAAGUCUUGAAUGAAAAGUUAUUUUUCCAUU